UUAUUCUUUUCUCCUUCCCUUCACCCCACCCAUUUCUAGAUACCCCGCGCGCAUCGCAUCGCAUUUCCUUGUCGGUCCGUCUUGUCGACAGUCAGUCCAGUCACACGACCGUUCGACGAACAGACGACAGAAAGAGAAAAAAAGUAACAGUUUUUGCUUUGGUUCGUUUCAUUCUUAGAGCACGGCCGGCUACAGUGUCCAACUGUUCCUGUUUCUCUUCCUUUACUUUUUCGCUUUUCCUCCUUUUCAGCCUUUUCCCAUUUUCGCUUUUAUCGCAGCAUGCAUUUCCCAACGGCAUUUUUCGUGGUGUUUGGCUCUCUGUCGCGUUCAGCUCGGUUUGGAUUGAUGGAGGGGAACUGGCGCGUCUGGGGUUUCAUUGCUUGCUCUUUGCUGUAUGUACGUGUACGUGUACGCCUGUUCUUGGUUUUUUCCUCUUGUUGUUUUGCUUUCGUUGCUUUCGUUUGCUUGCCGCUGGUUCGGUUGGGCUGGGCACCUGUAUGGUCCUUUUUUUGGUGGCUUGUUGUUGUUGGGGUGGUGGAGAGUAGAUGUUGGUUGGGUUCCGUUAGAUUAGCAAGGUAUGAAUCUUCUUGCGUGUGUGUUUUUUGUGGCAUUGGCGUCGUGUGUGUGGGUUUCGGUGUUGUUCCUGGCUGUGAACGGUAUUGCUUGUGGCUACAGUCUGGUCUUCUUUUAGCUUCGACUGGUCAUGACAUAUCUGUCUUCAUAAUGGCAAAGAUGUGCAAAUGGGCACACGAAUCUUAGCUGGAUGUGCUGAUGGAAAUCUUUUCAACAGUAGGGCAAUGCUGACCAACCCAAGCGGUGUAGUCAGAUCUAGUCGUGUUGAGCAACGAGGCAGCGGAAGAGCUUACACCAGGCAAGUAAAUUCUGCACGACAGGUUGUAACGAGUAAUAGACUAUUAGGUCGGAGUCAGCGACUCACUGUUUAAGCACGGCUCGGA